AGCAAAAAAAAAAACAACAAAAAAAAAAACAAGGGAAGCCGGGACCAUAACAAAAAGUCGAUGAAAGCAGAUUGAGGGAGAAACCUCAGGACACGCGACAGCUGCGCAUCAAAGAGGGGAUCUUAUUCGAGGGCGACGCCGAACGAUUUCCAGCGGGGCACAAAACGACUUCGGAGGCAGAUUAUAACGGUGACACUCCAGAGCUGCUCUGGCCUCCUGAGGAAUCGGCAAGACAGACGGAACUGUGUGCCCAACCAUGGCAUUCCUGUCAUUCCCCUCCAGGUUAUGGAGUGUCAGUGUAUUGACAGCACUACUCGCAGCUGCGGUACACACUAACGUCAGCUCUGACGAUGAACUCUUGCAGCCGGUGACCUCAGACGAGACGGUGUCAGUGGGAGGCACAGUGACGCUGACCUGCCGGGUGGCCCAGAGUGACAACUCCUCACUGCAGUGGUCCAACACGGCUCAGCAGACCCUGUACUUUGGAGAGAAAAGAGCGCUCAGGGAUAAUCGUAUCCAGCUGAAUCGUUCUACGCCGACGGAGCUCACCAUCACCAUCUCCGAAGUGCAGCUGUCCGACGAGGGCGAGUACACCUGCUCCAUAUUCACCAUGCCUGUCCGCACCGCCCGGGCCACUGUCACCGUCCUAGGUGUUCCAGGCAAACCACAGAUCACAGGCUACGAGGACGCAGUACAGGAGGGGGGCAAAGUCACCCUGACCUGCACCAGCAUGGGCAGUAAACCUCCUGCUAAGCUGCACUGGUACAGGGGGGUCCAGGAGCUGAAAGGCCGUCCGGACGUGGUGGAGUCGACGCCAGGCGAGCCCACCUACAAGGUGAUCAGCGAACUGACCCUGGAGGUGACCCGUGAUGACGACAACGCCCUCAUCGGCUGCGCCGUCGACCACCCUUCGCUCGCCCCGGGUGACAAGAGGACCGAGCAGCCUCUGCGGGUGCUCUUCAGUCCCGAGGUGUACAUCCAGCCAGAGAAUGAUCUGCCUAGAGAGGGGGAGAAGUUUUACCUGCAGUGCAUCGGCAACGGCAAUCCUGAGCCCAACUCCUACAUCUGGGAGAAGAAAGAUGGAGAGCUCCCCCAGCUGGCCAAAGUGGACAAUGCUUUCUUGCGCUUUGAAAUGCUCAACAAAUCAGACAACGGCAUCUACCUCUGCUAUGCAGAGAACGGCAUCGGAAAGAACCAGGGCGAGUAUGCCCUCCUGGUGCAAGAUGACGAAGUCAACGUUACAGGUGCUGCAGUCAGUAUUACAGGAACGUAUCUGACUCACGAGGCCAAGGGCUCGGAUGACGCCCCGGACGCCGACACGGCCAUCAUCAACGCUGAGGGAGGCCACUCCGGAGCUGAGGACAAAAAGGAGUACUUCAUCUGAAAAAAAAAAAACGGGGGAGCGGGGUAGCAG